GUUCGUGACGGCCAACGGAGCCGUAUUAAUAUUUUGUUAUAAAAUAAAAAUAGUAAAUACAAUUUUUUUUUUUUUUUUUUUUUUUUUUUAAAUCAAAUAAUUUUUAAAAAUUCUAAUUAAAAAAAAAAUCAUUGUGGACAAGUGGGUCUAUUUCAAUUUGUAAUUAUCGACACGUAUAUAUAUUUAUUUAUAUACACAUAUAUGUAUAUGUAUGAAGAAGUGAAGUAAAGAGAUAAAGAGUAAAAAGAGGUGAGAGGACGAAGGACUCAAGUCUUAACAACGGGGUCACUACCCUUCGUCUGGUGGCAAGGUCAACUGCAAAAUCGUUCAUCUUACUAUCGUUUUAAAACCUGAAAAUUUAUAUAUAUAAAUAUAUAUAUAAAAAAAAAAGUUGAUAUUAUUUUUUAAUUUGUAUAGUAGGCGAUGAUUUCCUGAUUUUUAUACAUCACAGUUUGAAAAUAUAUACUUGAAAAGAUGAAUAAAAUCGUUGUGUGGAUACCACUUGUGGCAUGUAUUUUGUUUUUUAAAUGGACACACGCCCUUCCGGUUCCUGAGGACCAGGAUGAGUCACAAGAGCUCCUCGGUUCCAGGGCCGUAACAUCCGUGUCUGUGAUUAGUAAUAAAAAAGAUCGUAAAGCCAUUGCACCCGUUUCAAGGUUACCAACAUCACCGGUAGACCUUCUACGACCUGAUAAAAUAUCAUUCUAUACACUCGACAGCAAUGGUCAAGUAGUAUUGCGCCGAAUGACUGAGAAAGAGAUUCAAAGUCUGAUUGCCGCUGGAGGCGGUCAAUUGCCCGUAGCUAUUUCAGAGCCACAAAAAAUAACUGAAUCUACUGGGAUGAAGGUUUCAGAUGUCGUCCAAAAUGUUCAAAAAGUAUUGGAAGGUGAAUUGAACAAACCGCCUCAAACAAUGACAGCCAUGCCAACGAUUCCCGGUCAUGCUAAUUCGGAAUGGAGUAGUAUUUUACCAGCAAUUCUGGCUGGAGAUUCAGACAAUGCUGAAACUAGUCCAAUUGAAACUUUUGAUCAAGAAUCUUAUGCUCCUGACGAAAAGCCAAUGAUACAAGUUCCUGUUAUUACGAUCGAAGAGCCAAGUCAGUACGAGAAACCGGAAGACGACAAUCCAGUUUUUCAAAUAGUCAAUACUAUACCUCCGGAAAAAGCUAAUGCUUCAAUAAAUGAUCAAGAUCAGAGCGCUGGAGCUUCAAAUUCAAAACCUCUUGCCUCAAAUGACAUUCCUUUGGAAUCAAAAACACCUGAUGCGAUUGAGAAACCAGAUCAGAAGAAUGAUACUCUGAGUAUUGUUUCAGAAACGCAUUCGACUUCAGUUAAAAUUUCUGGUCAAGAUGAAAUUAAAGUACAUGAAGAGACUCCAGUCAAACAGGUUCAAGUUGUUUCAACUUUAGACCAAAAAGUUGAAGUUGAGACUGAAUCAUUCGCUUCAGCUGAAUCAACUUCAACGUCCGUACCUUCAUCAUCAACUACAACCACAACUACGGAAUCUGUAUUCGAAGUGGCAACAACUGAAAACUCAGGAAAUCUAACAAAAUCUUCUUCUCCCGCGAAACCCGCUGAAGAUUUUACAGAAAUGGUGACAACUGAAGCCGAGACAAAACCGACGAAUACUUUCAGUGACAUGCCGCCGACGGCAGCAACUUCUAUCAGUGAAGAAUUGCCACAAAAAACUCAGUCAGAAGCUUUGCCGACUGAAUUAACUGAUUCUAUUACCAGCAUGAUAUCUCAGGUUUCCGAUGCAAUUCCUUCGAUAAUGACGAUGGAUGAAAAGUCUAAGAUACCUGAAGCUGAAGAAUCUGGAAGUGGUAUAAUUGAUGCUGAGAGUAGUUUAGAAUCUACUAGUCCAGUAACGAUAAUUACUACGACGAAAAUUUUGGCAAAUGAAGAAGAAAUAAAAGAAAGUGUAACAGAAAAGUUAGAAAUAAUAACAACGACUGAGAUAAUUAAGACUGAAGCUCCAGUAUCAAAAACUGAAGUUUCUGAAUUGAUUACUCAAGUUUCAAUGUCAAUGACUGAAUCCCCGGUAUCCGAAAUUGGGGAUUCAGGAUUAAAAACUGAAAUAUCUGUUUCGAAAACUGAAGCUUCUAUUCCAGAAGAUGAAAUUUUGACACCGAAACCUGAACUUUCUAUAAAAAUUGAAGCUACAACAACUAACCAAUCAAAUACAUUUGAAAAUCCUGAAGUAAAGACAUCAUCAACUUCAAAACCAAAAACGACGAUUUCUACUUUACAAGAUUCACCUGGAACAUUACCGGUCAAUUUAUUAAAUAAACCGACCGAAGUAGAAUCCAAAGAAGACCCAGUACCUGAAUCAUCAACCGAAAAAGACUUAGCCAUCACUGAAAAACCAAUCGUGCGUAUAAAUAUCACCGAAAUAAAAGAAGAAAUAAAACUAAGCCCAUUGAAUGCUACAAACGUAACAGAAUCAAAUAUGGUGAGAAUAAAACUGACUGAUCCGGUGAACAAAAUACAUCAGACACUAGAAUCAUCACCUGUACAAACCAGCAGUCCGGAAAUUGAGUCUUUAAAUCUACCAACCACUGAAAUGGCUGCUAAUGGUAUCGGUAGUGGACUGAUCGCUGGCUUUAACACGGAACAGCCUCAAAUCAGUGAGACUAGCACAGAGUCUAGUACUGAACUGACAAUGCAGAUGAUCCAAUUUGAUCAACUACCGAUUGUCAGUGUGAUUCAAUUUGAAAAUUCAACUGAUAAAUUUAUUGAAGCGUCUACAGUUGCUUCGACUAGUUUAGCUUCCAUGGAGCCUAAAGUUGGAAUCACGGAUGCGUCGGUAUUGAAUAGGACACACGAGAUAGAAAUCAAAGAUGUAGUCAAUAAAACAACUGGUGCUGAAUUAGUUGAAAAGACACCUGUUGAUACUCAAAUGGAGACAAAUCAGUCGACCAAUGCAACAGAAUCAAAAAUACAUGACUUACAAAUUCGUAAAGAUCAAAAAAAAGAAACUAGUUUAGAAAAACCAUCAGUAACAAAUCAAAUUACAGAAAAUACUGAUGUAGUAAAUGAUUCAGCUGAAAAAUGGACUCUUAUUCCUCAGCCUACUUCAAAAUUACCGGAAAAAAUUCCAGAAAUUUCGAAGCCUUCAAAAACGCCUGAAAUUUCGAAGCCUGCAAAAACGUCUGAAAUUUCAAAACCUACGAAAACUCAAGAAAUUUCUAAACCUUCAAAAAUAUCCGCAACUUCUGGAUCUAGUCCAAUGCAAUCAAAUAAUAUUCCCGUAGCAGGAAAAAUAGAAACUCCAUUACCUCCAAGAUCACCCGAUCCACCUUCGCAACACAUUUCUCUGGAUCAUUCAAAAACAACACCAGGUUUAGACUCUAGUAUCCAAAACCUUGAACCAGAUGUUCAAUAUUUUUCUAAUCUAUGCAAUGAUUUGGCAUUCAAUUUCUGGUCAGCAGUAAAUGAGGGCCUGAGUAAAUCCAGAUCAUUAGCAGUUUCGCCAUUUGGAAUGACUAGCAUGCUUGCAAUGAUUUUCUUGGGAGCACGUGGUCCCACAUCAAAUCAAAUGAAUGACGUGUUAAAACUCGAUGACAUAACGACUUUUAAUCCUCAUUUAAUUUUCCAGAAUGUAACGGAUUCAGUGGCUUCCCGUCGUAUUAACGGACUCGGUGGUGUUGCAAAUGCCGUUUUUGUAAGAGAAUUAUUUGCAGAUAAAAUGAAGGUCAAUAAAUUGAUGACGUUCUACAAAGAACAGGCACAGAAAUUUUAUGAUGGAAUUGUUGCUGAGGUCAAUUUCUCAUUUGUUAGUAAUGCGGUGAGACGACGAACGAAUUUGUUAGUUAGAAAACAAACAGGUGGAAGAAUUAGAGAAUUCGUUAAGGACAAUAAUCUGUUACCAUUGAGAUCACCACUGGCUGCAGUUUCAGCAAAUGUUUUUCAAACUGACUGCAGUUCUAGCAAUGCUACCUCUGAGGGACGUGAUGGAGAACUUUAUUUCGCAGUAGCUCCGACAAUUAAGUUGAGGAAAUUAGUCCCAGUUCCAGCGACACUUUGGAAAGCUGGAGUUCUUGCUGGUUAUGAAACCAGUUUGGAUGCUACUGCAAUUGCGCUUGGAGGUCUUGACAAAAUGGUGUCUGUAAUUUUUGUUAUUCCCGGUUCAACUGGUGGCAGUGCUUCUGGAGAUAAUCUUGACAAACUUGAGGCCCGAAUUGUAAAUGGAGCUUUGCAUGAUGGUGCUUGGAAUAAAUUACUCAAAGUAAUUAUUCCCCGACCGGGAUUGGAAUUGCAGGUUCCGAAGUUCAGUCACAAGAGUAUAAUCAACGCGACAGCUGCUCUCAAAACGAUGGGGAUAGAGGAAAUAUUUGAAAAACACGCAAAUUUGAGAGGAAUCAAUGAUGUCGGAAAGGAUUUACAUCUUGCUGAUGUUUUUCAGAUGAACUUAUUCAGUACAUGUGGUGAUGAAAAUUUCUUAGCCGGUAAACAUCAUGAAGAAGUUUAUCCAGCGAGUCCACAAAGAAAUGCACGAUCAGAAGAGGAUAAUAAUGAACGUGCGAUUACAGAAGAGCAUGAUAAGACAUACAAUCAUUACGAAAGCGAAGCUGAAAGGAUAGCACGUUUUACACGUCAAGUUGAUAAUGAAAAACCGAGAUUAAAAUUAGACAGGCCAUUUUUAUAUUUCGUAAGACACAAUCCCACUGGACUAAUACUCUACAUGGGCCGUUUUAAUCCACGACUUAUAUCUUAAUAUACAUAAUUUGAUAUUAAAAAUAGAUAUUUAUUCCAUUAUAAAUGAAUUUUGCUCAUUUAUUUAAAAAAAAAAAAUUUUUUUUAAAAAGAUCUUGAUCAUCUUCCAAACUAUUCAAAUAAUUGAUUAUUGUAAUUAAGUUUGGUCGAUGAUCGAAAUGCUAGAAAAUAUUAUUAAUAAUCUCAUUAAUUAAUUACAUUCAUUAUUAUUUA